AUUGUCAACCCUUUGUCUAACCGGAUAUCCGAAACUAACAUUAACAAUUUUCAUCUCUUAUCGUCAAAUUUCAGCAAGAACGAACGAGGAUGUCGUCAGCACCAGAGGAACCAUUCAGGCCAAGAGAGAAGCUUUUUGAAAAACAAAAGUACUUCCAAAACAUCUCAAAGCAUACUUACCUGAAAGGCCCAUUUGAUAAGAUCACUUCUGUUGCCAUCCCAGCAGCCUUUGCAGCAACUUCCCUUUUUCUAAUUGGACGAGGGAUCUAUAACAUGUCUCAUGGCAUCGGGAAGAAAGAAUGAAUGAAAACUAGCAUGACUCUCUUCUGUUGGUGGCUUCUUAACUUUGCUUUAUUAUAUAAUACAGGAGGUUAUAUGAUUUGUUUUGUUUUGAUUCUAGAUUAUGUGUAAUAAUAACUAAAUUAGCUGCAUACUCAUUGCGUGCUACAGAUUCCUGGCAUAUUUUGUCUACUUUUGUUAAGAUUGCUCUCUUGAUUUGUUCUUUGAGCCUCAUGGUCAUUAAUAAAAUGAUUUUCAUUGGUAUUUCA